AUGUCGGAUUCCAAAGAAGGCAUGGAUACGCUGGAGGUAGAGCAUGUGAAUGAUAUACUUGACUACAAGAAGUCGGAGUCUCUUGACUUAGAGUGGACAGAAGACGAUGAAUCCCGAAUCAGGAUGAAAAUGGCAAGUCCCAGCAUUCACAUAACCUUUGACUGGAGGCUUGUACCUACCUUAUGGCUCUUAUAUCUCCUGUGCUUUAUUGAUCGAUCAAGCAUUGGAAAUGCUCGAAUUCAAGGACUUGAAAAGGACCUGAACACAGCAAUAAACUUUCGCUUCAAUUGGGCCCUCACAGUAUUCUAUAUCUCUUACAUUGCCAUCGAAAUUCCGUCUACCAUACUGCUUCGGAUUAUUGGAGCUAGAUACUAUCUACCAUUACUCGUCAUUGCGUUUGGAUUUAUAUCCAUGUGUAGUGCGUUUGUGACAAACUAUGGAGGGCUGGUGGCGUGCCGUUUCUUCCUUGGUAUUGCUGAGGGUGGCAUGAUGCCCGGCAUAGCAUUCUAUCUCUCCUGCUUCUAUCGUCGGCAGGAGCUUAUGUUUCGCAUUGGGAUAUUCAUCAGUGGGGCAUCACUGGCGGGUGCAUUUGGAGGUCUACUCGCUGCUGGACUCAGCUCCAUUCCUCAGUGGGGUAUUGCCAGUAUGCCCCUCUAUGGUUGGCGAAAUAUCUUCUUCUUUGAAGGCAUCAUCACAUUUCUACUCGCAGGUUUGGCGAUCCUGGUUCUACCCUCUCGUCCCGAUCAGUGUAAGUUUCUCAACAAACGGGGCAGAUAUAUUGCACUCGAACGUAUAAAUCGCGAGCAUCACGAAGAUAUCCAGGCCAAGACAACAUUUAAGGACGUCAGGGUUGGAAUAUGCAAUAUCAACAACACCAUUUACGGGCUUGGAUUCCUGUUUGCCACCAUCUCAGCACAGUCACUCUCAUUGUUCCUGCCUACCAUUUUGAAAGCCCUUGGAUGGACAGCUUUGAAGACGCAGUUCUAUAGCGUGCCUCCUUAUGCAGUGGCAUGCGUCUGGACAUUCACGGUCUCCUGGCUCAGCGACCGCUAUAACCGCCGUGGCAUAUUCGCUGCAUUAAAUGCAGCAAUUUCGAUGACAGGCUAUUGUAUUGUCGUUACCGCAAAGACUGACACGAUCAGAUAUCUUGGGGUCUUUUUUGCUGCCAGUGGAUCCUUUCCCAAUGGGCCUGGUUUCCUCUCUUGGGGCCUCAAUAAUGCAGCUGGGCCGGCCAUUCGCGCUGUAACAUCUGGCUAUAUUGUGGCCGUCGGAAAUCUCGGUGCACUUGUUGCAACGUGGACGUAUCUGCCGACCGAUGGGCCGAAAUACUCUCGGGGCCACUAUGUGAAUGUUGCUGCGGAGGUCAUGGUACUUCUGCUGGCGCUCUUGGGAAUUGCGUACGCGAGAUGGGAAAACAAGAAGAGAGACAGCGGCGCCCGAGACCAUCGUCUUUCUGGUUUGACAGAUGAGGAGAUUCAAGGUUUGGGGUAUAAACAUCCUUCUUUUAGGUAUAUUUCUUGA